UCUGUCUGUACAUCCAUGACUUCACGUUACCGUCGACGAGAAUUUGCGCUCUCUGUCACUCACUGCACUUGUGAACCAAAGGCUUUUGCUCCUCCUGUUGAAUUUCUUUCCUGCCUGGUGCAAGAAGUCAUAUAUAAGUCAUACAGCAUGGCUGACAAAACUCAACCUGACAUUGAGAUCAAAAGAGCCUUUGUUGAGCUGCAGACUCAAAUGAACGAGACCAACCAGAAGUUACGAAUUGCAGAUGUGCAAGUUGAGGGACUCAAGAAACUCAUCAUCCACUCUCAGCUCACUGACACUGAAAUUCAGAACCUUGGGAGCAGCGUACGCGUCUUUGAAAGUGUUGGCAGGAUGUUCUUGCUUACAGACAUCGCUGAAGUUCGCAAAAAUCUUGCCAGUAAAGUAGAAAAAAGUCAGGAAAAGAUCAAAUCAUUACAGAGCAAUAAGGAGUAUCUGGAGAAGAGCCUCCAGGAGAGCCAAAACAACCUGCGCGAGAUGAUCAAGUUGAAGCAGCAAACCGCCUCUUAAUAUGCGUUAAUAUUGCUAUGCGAUCUGCUCGUGAGCUCAUUGGUCUUGCUUGCUAGCCUUGUAGUUGUAACUUUACGUUCUUCUGAACUUCCAAGUCGCGAGCGUUAAGAUUACUUAGAAUGUGACUGCUUUAUUACUUUAGAUUCUUAUAUAGUGACUCAUCAUCCUUAGUUAAAGGCACUAACUUAUCACUAAUCUAUCGUAAUAUAAUUUUUUACCAUGAUGAAAUCAGAAAAUGUGUUUGUUAGAGAACUUGAGUGAGACAUCAUCAAAUUUGUUGUCAACGCCAGAGCAGUUUUUUUAAAGUUUGAAUUGGAUAUAAAUAUUCAAGGCGCAAUUUUAUUCAUGAGAAGUCGAGUGGCACAUAUCCAAGGCACAAGUCUGAAAGAUAUACGAAUCGUAUCUUCUUUGCAAGAAAAUAAAAGAAAAUGUAAAUUUCAAUCAACUCGUCAACGGCAAAUCCAUAUGCUUAGUGCGAAGGGAUCGUGACAUUUGACUGUUUAUACAUCGUAUACUUCAUACUGUCUCCCACGAUUUAUCUCGAUUUGAUGAUACCCUUUUUUGUUAUUUAUGCACAAUACAAUAAACUUUAUCAGGAGAAGAUAUC